CCUUCUUUUUUUUUUUCUCUCAAGAAUUUGAUUUUUCGUCGACUGUAUUUGGGAAAUGGAGGCCGCUGAAAAGGUGAAGAAGGGUGUCAGAGAAAGGAAGGGCAGUGGUCCCAAGAAGAAACCAAUAUCUUGCCCCAUCAAGGCUGGUCUUCAAUUCCCGAUCGGUCGUAUCGGCAGAUACCUCAAGAAAGGCCGUUAUUCUCAGCGCGUUAGAAUCGAUGCCUCAAUCUACUUUGUUGUCAUGCUAGAGUACCUAGCUGUUGAGGUUUUGGAGUUGGCUGGAAAUGGAGCAUGGGAUAACCAGAAACACAAAAUAAUCCCGAGGCAUGUUUUGUUGGUUGUGAGACAUGAUGAAGAACUUGGGAAGCUUCUAGCUGGAGUCACAAUUGCUCAUGGUGGUGUCCUAUUGAAUAUCAACCCUGUUCUUCUACCAAAGAAGAUUGACAAGGCAGCAAAGGAAUCCAAGUUGCCAUCCAAGGCCACCAAGCCUCCCUAAAAGGCUUAGUUUAUCAAUUGUGUUAGAGAAAGACUUGUCUUCUUCUUAUCUCUCUCAUAAAACGCCACCAAUGCUAACUUUAGUUUGUCAUGGGGACAACA